CAAAUGAUUAUGCCUUCGGGUGUUAUUUUUUUCCAAAUUCGGCUGUAAUGUGUAUAUCAUCAUCAUCGUUCAUUCAUGUUCGAGAGAUAGAGAAAGAGACACAUUCGAAUUAUCGAAGGUCAAAUGAUAAGUUUUUCUUCUAAAUUAAUUUCAUAAUCUAUCUAUCCAUUACUUUUUUAAUUUUUAGUUUGAUGUAAACACUCCGGCCUGUUUGAUUAUGAUGAUGACGUUAUUAUAUACAAGCAAUAUUAAAAAAAAUUAUUCGAACAUAAAAUUAAACAAAAAAAAUGGAUCAAAAACGAAUUUUAAUGAAUGGAUCAAAUCAUCUGAUGAUACAAUGGGAUGAACUUAUGCUCGGCGGUUUAGGUGCUAUUUGUGCCGGUUUUUUUACUAAUCCUUUGGAUGUAAUUAAAACACGUAUACAAUUACAAGGUGAAUUAAAAGCUCGUGGCCAUUAUACCGUACAUUAUCGUCUUGUACCGGCCAUCUGGUAUCAAUUCAUUAUGAAUGGUUGCCGUUUUGGUCUUUAUCAAGUUUGUGAUAAUCUUCGCCUUACACGUAAUGAACAUGGUGAUGUUAUAUUCUAUCGUUCAAUUAUUUGUGGUGUUGGUUCUGGUAUUGUUGGAUCGUUUCUUGGAUCACCAUUUUAUCUAAUCAAAACACAUUUACAAUCACAAUCCGAAUCACAUAUAGCUGUCGGUCAUCAACAUAAACAUUCAUCAAUGACAGCUGGUUUUCGUACGAUUUUCGUACAGAAUGGUAUUAAAGGAUUAUGGCGUGGUUCGGUUGCAUCCAUCACACGUGUAUCUGUUGGUGGAUCAAUUCAGCUAACAUCAUUUGCAACAGUAAAAACAUUUUUGGAUAAAAAAAAUUGGAUCGAUGUGAACAGCUGGUAUGGAACAUUAUUAAGCUCAAUGAUCGGUAGUUGUUUUGUGGUCGUAUCAAUGACACCAUUCGAUGUUGUAUCCACACGACUUUAUAAUCAACCAGUUGAUCCAAAAACUGGCCGCGGUCAAUUAUAUCGUGGUAUACCGGAUUGUAUGAUUAAAAUUUUCCGUACCGAAGGUAUUCUAGGAUUUUAUAAAGGAUUUGGCGCCUCAUUUUUACGAUUAGGACCACAUACAGUUUUAUCCAUAUUUUUCUGGCAAUUAUUAAGAAAAGAAUAUUUAUUAUAUUUAAAACAAGAACAAACAUUGAGCUAGUCUAGUAAUAAUAAUAAUAAUAAUAAUGAUUAUUUUAGAAAAUUUAAAAUUAAAAUCAAAUUUCUGAUUAAGA